UCGCCUUGAAGUUAGAUCUCAGCCCCAACAUGUGACCGACGCAACAACAUCAUUGAAUAACCUUGUGGUUCCUAACAAACAUUUAUAAAUAAACAUAUCCGGACUUUAUCCUCGGGCGCCUUUGAUUGGCCGACAGUUUUGUUUACCUCUUGUGUCGUACAGAUACCGCACCUCGUACAUACAAAGUCCUGCAGGCCAUAUACAGCUUUUAUUAUUAUCUCCCAGUUCUAUCGGCUUGUGUUGAUAAGUUGUUGAGAAGUAAGUUCGUAGUACAGCAGGCGCCACUCAGCAAACCAACCCGGUGCCAUGUGUUCGCACGUCCCUAUCCCAGCCAAUUACACUCUCGGGAUCAUCCCUAGUCUUACAUUAACCUCGCCGCCCGUAUUCCACCGCUUCCACCCCUUUUUACUGUAGCGUAGGUAUUAUUUUUAACACGAGUUGAUUCAGUUGAUUCAGACUCCAUAGCAAAUUAUACGAAAACCUGCCUAGGAACCCCACCAGCUAAUUAGCAGCCAAACUCCAUUCCAACGUCCGCAUCAAACGCUCUCGGCAACGUACUUCAGACGACGGCCCGGGAGCCAAUUCACCGUCGCCCAUUAUCAGUGACUUUUUUUUUCUCCUGCAGGCAGAUAUAAUCGCAUUCUCAGGACCGCUUUCGGAAAACUCGCCUCCCCCUUUUUUUUUCUUUCCCCGCCUAACCCCGCAAUGGCAAUCCUGUACUCGGACGCGUCGUCGCAGGCCGGCGCGUCCUCGACCGACGCGGGUCUGUUCUCCCUGGACCUCAUCUCGCCCGAGGUCGCCGUCGUCCUGCCGGAGGGCUACAAGAUGCGCUCGCUGCGCAAGUCGGACUACGACUCGGGAUACCUCGACUGCCUGCGCGUGCUGACGACGGUAGGCGAGUUUGACCGCUCCGCCUUUGAGGUGCGCUUUGACGAGUUUGCCCAGUCGCCCGGCAGCUACUACAUCUUGGUGGUGGAGGACGCCGAGGGGAGGGUCGUCGGGACGGGCGCGUUGAUUGUCGAGCGCAAGAUAAUCCACAGCCUCGCCUCGGUCGGCCAUAUCGAAGAUAUCGCGGUCGCAAAGGACCAGCAGGGCAAGAAGCUCGGCUUGCGCAUCAUCCAGGCGCUUGAUUACAUCUCAGAAAAGGUGGGGUGUUACAAGAGCAUUCUGGACUGCAGUGAGAAGAACGAGGGCUUCUACGACAAAUGCGGCUUCAAGCGCGCAGGACUGCAAAUGGCGCAUUAUUACGACAGCAAAUAGACUAUAGAUGAUGCGGUGUAAAAUGACCUUUAUGAUACUGUAUGCCUACCCUGCACAUCUAGGUAGCUGUCUAUCCGCAUGCCUGCUUACCUAUUACCUAAAACUGCAUAUGCGGAAUUAUAUGGAGGUCCCGCAGCCUCGUAUUGUCACAACGGCUAUCCAAGAUAUCGUUAUCUAAACCCGACACAAGACGAGGAUUGCCCGCAUCAUUCUUCUUCUUCCUGUGUUUCACACGCAGUGCGACUCUAGAAGAAAAUAGAUCCAUGUAACAUCAAACAGAAUGUGGCACAGGAGGGGAUAUUGUCGUCUUGUGAUGGACCCGAUGCUGGACACGAUCAAAUAGUGUCCAAGCAUACCAUAACUGUAUAUGCUACUAAACUGGUCAAUCACAUAUCUAACAUCCA